AUGGGCGUCCACUCAUGGGUUGUGGGCGUGAAACCUCCACGCUGCAAGCGCUUAUACCCUAAAUCUCAGUUGCAUAUUCAGGUUUGGAUACAAUAUACUUUCCAUACUAAUAGCAGAAUACAAACACCACCACAAGAACAUUUUAUUUACUGGAAAGCACAGAAUACCGAGAACUAUAAGCCACUCACAUCAUUAGCAUCAAUAACCACAAAUACAACACAGUAUGUCUUGAGUGACGAAUGCCAGGAGCUGCCGAGAGGUAUAGGUCGGCUUCCUCUUGAGGGCUCGCGCAAGCAACUUUUCAAUGCAUCACUUUACGACUAUUCUUUUCCUACUCAAAACAAGAUCAAAACAAGAAGCGCAGAUGUUGUUUACAUUGACGUAGGACACGGAAGAGGAAACUGCUUGAAUAAGGUUUGCUGGUACACAGUGCUGAGAAUCACUUAUGUAGGACAGCAAGAAACAAUGGAAAGUGGGCGUCGCAAAGCACAUCCCAGCGGAGGCAAAGGUUUAAGUGAGGAGUGUGGAGUUAGUGUUGGAGACCGUGUCGUGUGGCUAACUGAGGAGUAUCCUGAGCUGGGUUGGGUGCGCUGGACAGGGAAACAACCAGGCUUAGAUGGCAGCCCGGGUUGGAUGGUUGGAGUGGAGUUUGACCAUCCAGUAGGUAACGACAACCACAGAGUCAAUGGCCGUCAGCUCUUUGAUGCCAAAAUGAACCAUGCAUCUUUAUUGCCUGUCACAAGUCUAAUGAAGGCUGAAGAUUUUCUAGGUUCUGAAGCCCUUAACGUGGAACACCACAGUGGACGUAACUCUAGUGGGAAAAGACCUGCCCACCUCACUUCAAAGGGAGAUAAUCAGUUGGGAAGUGACAUCUCCAGCAUGACGCCAUUCCACCUCCUGGCCUACGAGCAACUCUCUGCAUCUGGCCAGCGCAAUUCAGACCCUCCACCUCCUUACUCUGAGAAAGAAGAUUGGGAAAUCCUGCCACACAUGACAUAUUCUGUGCAGAAAAAUAUGUUAUCCAGCAAUAAGGAAACCCUCCAUGACCACAAAUCACGCCAGAGGGACAAGGGAAAGAUCCUGAACCGAAACCUAGACAAGAAAAACAACAAGUGGAAGUCUCCUGGCACAGGCACAAGGUCCACUAAUGUCAAUGCCGAUGUGGACCAGAAUUCUCCGAUUGGGGGCUUCGGCGAUAACGACUUCCCUGUCAACCCCCUCUACCAUUUGUCACUUCAUGGAAUCUCACUGGCUAUGUUAGCCCAGCAAAAUAAGUGCUACCUUACCUGCCUUCUGGGAACUUGUCUCUUUACUCCAUAUACAGUUCAAAUUUCAAAAUCAAAAGAGCACACUACAUUUAAAAGGAUCCAAAAAGCAGAAGACCUAAUGGCAACUUUCAAAACUUUGAAUAAGAUACAGCUGAAGGACAUCCACGCCUGA